AUGAAGACCACUUACCUUUCCGCCGCCACCUUGGCGCUCGCAACGACCACUUUGGCCACCGAUCUUCUCACGCCCGACAAGAUUGAGGCUGACAUCGAUACCGUCGAGCUUGAGCGCGUCCUCUGGAACCUGAACAAGAUCGGUCGCGACAAUGGCGGAACUCGCGCCUUUGGCACCCCAGGCUACAAGGCUUCGGUCGACUUCGUCUUGGAGCGUGCCCAGACACGUUUCGCCAAGGAGAUGGACACCUGGCUCCAGCCCUUCAAUCACACCUUUGAGCAGACCAAUGCCAUUUCCGUGACUGGUCCCGACGGCCAGGACGUUAUCGUCAUCAGUGCCGAGUACAACACGGCUACCCCCCUUCCGGACGGUAUCACUGCCCCCCUUAUCGACACCCCCGUCGACGACGAGAACGGCUCCGGGUGUCUACCUGAGUCGUUGGAGGGCAUCGACGCCACCGGAAAGCUCGCUCUCGUGAAGCGCGGCGUGUGCGCCAUUUCAGACAAGAUCAAGAAUGCGAAGGCGGCCGGCGCCCUGGGCGUGAUCCUGUACAACCAGGUGCCUGGAGACGACAUCGUCAAGCCCACGCUCGGCGCCGAGAACAUCGGCCUCCUUGUCCCUCUCGGCAUCAUCACGCUCGAGACCGGCGAGGCCUGGAGCGCUGCACUCGCUGCGGGCGAAGAGGUCACCGUGACCCUCAUUGUGGACGCCAUCUUUGAGGAGCGCGAGACGUGGAACGUCAUCUCCGAGACCAAGGAAGGCGACCCGAACAAGGUCAUCAUGCUCGGCGCGCAUCUCGACAGCGUCCUCGAGGGCCCUGGCGUUAAUGACGACGGCUCCGGCACGGCGGCGCUGCUCGAGCUGAUGGGCUCCGUAAAAAAAUACCGAGGUUACAGCCAAAAGAUCAGAUUCGCGUGGUGGGGAGCUGAGGAAAGUGGCUUGGUCGGCUCGUACUACUACACGGAGAACCUCGCGCCCGAGGAGGCCGACAAGAUCAAGUACUACUUCAACUACGACAUGAUCGGCUCGCCCAACCCCAUCUACGAGCUUGCCACCUACAAUAACAGCGGCAUCGGCCCGCAGCUCCUGGCCGACUACCUCGAGGCCAACGGCAAGACGGUCUCGUACGCCGAGUUCGACGGCCGCUCCGACUACGCCGGCUUCGUCGCGCUCGGCAUCCCGACGGCCUCCAUCUUCACGGGCGAGGGCGAGAACGACCCGUGCUACCACCUGGCCUGUGACACACUCGACAACAUCAACUGGGACGCUCUCACCGUCAACACCAAGGCGGCCGGUCGCGCGCUCGCCACGCUCGCCAACUCGCUCGAGGGCGUCCCGCCCCGCGCCAACACGACGCCCAUCCUCCGCGGCCGCGCCGGUGUCCUGCAGCAGUUCGGCCGCUGGAAGGCCAUGGCCGAGCACUCCCGCCACGGCAAGUCGUGCUCGCACAACGACGUGAACAAGAUCUACUGA